AUCAUUCCAUUUAUUGCAUGUGCUGAUUGUUGUAAUUCCUCUCUGCUUUUCGUUCUCGGAAACAGAGCCUAUUUCAAGACUUCCGUACUAUGAGAGAGCCAGAUCUGUUUUGAUCGAAUUCUUUCGAUACCAGUAGCUACUGAGCUAUAUACACUGUAAACUUCUCACAUAUGACCAGAGAUUCUUCGUGAUACCAGAGGAUUUGACGUUGUCAAAUUUCACAAGCCUAAUGAGAUUGGACGUUAUCAGCGCUUGUUGAAGAGAAGUCUGUGUUGCUCUUGGUAACCCAGCAUGGGGCGUGACACCUGGCCUGAGUUUGUGCAGUAGAUGGCAUGCCAGGAAAGGGAAGUUCCAUCUUUCAUAUCAAAUCUAAAGUUGAAGAUGUAAACGAGGAAAACUUGAAUUGGGGUGUUACAACCAAUCAAGUGAUGGAUUUUUAACUUUUAUAAUCUGACCAUUAAGAGACCUGAUAGCAUUCUUUGCAAGAACUGGAAUACUCCUGCCUGCUAAGGCUAUGCUUCAGGAAAGUGAGUUCACCCCAGAUGACAAGCCUUGCAUUUUCAGUUUGAUACAGGGCUCUUUGCUCUUUCUUCUAAAGAACUGAGCUAUGGAAGCUGUCCAAAGCUGUAGUUUCUCAAGGUGGCCUGAUAUCAGCCGCCAGAUAAUCAAAGGCAUCACAAUACCUAGGGUGGCUAUUGGCAAGUAUUUUAAAUACUGUUUUGGGAACUGAUAAAAGUCUAAAAAUGGCAACAUGUUUUUCCUUGCUCAGAAGUAAAUCCAUUGGAGUGUAAAAAAUGUGAUAACUGACCUAAAGUCUACAGAAAUGAUUUGGCAGACGGCAGAAACUUUGUGACUUCAGCACACUUCGAAACAGCCUCCUAAUACCAUCCAGAUGCUCCUUUACAUGCACCACAUGAGGAGUGAUACGCUUUUGUCUUCCAGAUAUAUAGUGGCAGUUCUAAAUUUUGUAAGAUAUCGACAUUCAGGAUGAAGUGCUUUUUUAAAAAACAAGGAACUUAAAUAUUACCUUCACAGAGGAUGACAUUUUACCGUAGUGACUGGAUCUGCUCACUGUCUCUGAAUCCGCACUGUUUAAAUGGAGAUAAUUUCCAGAGUAGAAAUGCAGACUGAACAGAACCAACCUUUACAGCUCCCUUCAAAAGCAGUGAUUGAGCAAAGGCAGCAAUUUUCAAGAGUUAAAGAUAGGCUCUAAAACAAAGAAACUGUCCUUUGCUGAUAUAUAGCAGGAACAAUAUGUCAGUGAAUGUAGUGUUUCGUUUUUCUCUCCUUGGAGUUUGUGUAGAUGUUAAGGUGUUAAAGGUUCCUCAUUCUGUACUGUGUGGCAAUAAAUACUCUGUUCCGUUAUUUCACACUUCAAGGGGUAAAAUGGUACCUGCGUGCAAGAGACGCAGUCUGCCUUGAAGAUAGAUAACCCAGUUUUUCUUUAAAAAUACAUAUGAUCCUGUCCAGAAUAACUUUACCUGUGAUGUCUAUUAGUUGUGGAGCUGGCUGGAACAAUACAACACUGUCAGUUUUCCUCAGGUGUAUGCUCCAAAUUCUGGUGGAUUUACAGUUUCUGAUGAAUCAUUGUGGUACUGCUCUUUCUAGCUGGCAUCCUAAAACUAAAUGACCUAAAUAGGCCUAAACCAAAGCUUACUGAAAUAAAUGUGAGUCUUUCCGCAAAAAGGGCUUUAAAGUGGAACAGGUGUAAGAAAACAAGGGAGGGAACUGUGUUUUGACAAAUAUUCUUACUUUGGCAUCUCCUGUUUCUUACCCAUUCAGGGUUAUAUUGUCUGUCAUCCUUUAAGACUGAGCCAUUGUAUCCUGCUGUAUUUCAGAAGCCUUGCAAAAGUUGGACUGUAGGACCGAGCUUUUACCCAAGGAAGCUGACGCCUGGUUCAUCUUUACCUUCUGUUGUUCCAGUAACCCUCCCUUUGAGCAGUUGCUCUCUGAUGAUGUUUAGCAGUGAGUGAAGACUUGAAGUGCCUCAUCCCAGGGUGCUGGGAAAUAAAAGUCCCAAGAAGGACUUUGGGAAGAAGAUCCUUCUGGCUCCGUUUGCCAAAGUCUCCCUACAGAAAGUAAGGUGAACCAAAUUAUCAUCAUGCACACUUCUGGAGUGAAGCAGGUAGCUCAGCCUUGAAGGGAUCCUUUUCAUUUCAAAUCCGUGUCUUCUCCUAAGUAAUUGAUCACUGCGCACCCGGGGACACCCAAUUCACAGCAGAGCGGGAUCAGGCUUCAUGAAUAAUCAAAACGUUGUGGCCACGCUGUUGCAGGAGUGCAAGCAAGCUCUGGACGCGCUCCUGUCGGCGAAGUCUGACACAUGCGAGGAAGACGAGCGAGAAUACCAGCGGUGCGAAGCUUUGCUUCCCGACGAGCUGAGGACCCUCCUCGAGGAGGCAAAGGGAAUGAAGUGGCCCUUUGUGCCAGAGAAGUGGCAAUACAAACAAGACAUAGGCCCAGAAGACAAAACAAAUCUGCAAGAUAUGAUCAGCGCAAGGCUCCCUGAUUUACUGGUUUAUUUGAAAGCCUCCAUCAUGGUCAAGGACUGUGUAACAGCAGCUGCUAUUGUGUUUCUGAUUGACCGCUUCCUAUAUUGGAUUGAUGCCUCAAGCAAACUUCUUCAGGUUGCCAAAGGUUUACACAAGCUGCAGCCCACGACACCGAUAGGCCCUCAGGUGGUCAUUCGCCAGGCUCGCCUCUCUGUGAACACAGGUAAACUUUUAAAAGCUGAAUAUAUCUUAAGCAGCCUUAUUAAUGGCAAUGGAGCAACAGGUACAUGGCAAUACGCUACGGAAAGUGAUAGGACUCUAGUUCAGUCAGUCUGCUUACAAAUCAGAGGACAGAUUCUGCAAAAGCUGGGAAUGUGGUAUGAAGCAGCAGAGUUGAUUUGGGCUUCAGUUGUGGGAUAUUUCAAACUUCCUCAACCAGAUAAAAAGGGAAUUGCUACUUCCUUGGGAAUUUUGGCAGACAUCUUUGCUUCUAUGAAUGAGAAAGAUUAUGUCCGUUUUAAAACCAACGCUGAGAUUAACCUGCGCCUUCUUGGAGAGUUUAGUCAUCGCUUAUUAUCAGCUGCGGAGGCCUGCAAGCUAGCAGCAGCCUACAGCCAAUACACCCCGCUCUUUGUGCUCACAGCAGUGAACAUCCGAGGAACAUGUCUGCUAUCCUACAGUCACUCCAAGGACUGCCCCCCGGAAAAGAGAAAGUUCUACUUAUCUGAAGCGAAGGAAUCCUUCGAGAUUGGCCUCCUCACCAAGAAUGAAAGCAGCCCUGUCACCAGCAAGCAGGAGCUCCAUAGUUUUAUUAAAGCUGCUUUCUGCCUCGCAACAGUGCAUCGAUGGCUCUAUGGGGAGAGCGAAAAACUCUGUGAGGUGAAUCAACUAUGUAAAGAAGCCAUGGGAAAACUGCAUGCUUACAGCACUUCAUUUACAGAAGACGAAGACAAAGGAAUGCUUGCCAACGAGAUCAUGUCUCUGAUCACAUGCAUUAAGAAGAGCUUGCAAGUGGAAAGCUUCCCUAAUUCUGAUGCCAGGUCUUACGUUCCAGACAGUUAUAAAGGUGCAGUGGAAAAACUUAAUCUGCAAGGGGAAGCAAACUUUGAGAAAAUCCUUGCAGUGCAUUCACAGCAUCAUCUGUCAGUGUGUGAAGUGUUUGAAAAUACUUGCAGGAUUCAUGAAACCACACCAGGAGAAAACAAAAUGGGAGCUUGUAUCACAACCUUAAAAACAGAAACAAAAAACAUAGACACUGUGUGUACCACUGAAGAAACAGCGCGUAAGGGGAAAGACACUGCCAAAAUACGUACUGCAUCAGAAGCCAGAAGUAGCUCAGAGAGACUCAGUGGCCAAACAAGAAAUAAACACAUUGGUUCUGAUGUGAUGAAAAGCUCCUUUGAGGAGAUUGAACCAUUAGGAAGAGUGGUGAAUGAUGAAAACAGUGUUUUCAGCAGACAGCAAAACACGAGUCAAACAACUACUUCAGAGAACUCUUGGUGCAAGCUGUCACAAUCAAGUUACUCUUCCAGCUGGGAGGAACUAAACUGCAAUAGCAGCAAAGAGCCACCUAGAGAAGGGCAGCAGCAGGAAAAGGGUUUGGCAGGGGAGCAGUGUUGCACAACAGGAUCUGAGGAGAACGCUCCAGCCGGUAGCUCGCGCUCAUCGUCUCCCGGAGCUUGGCAUCCUUCUCCUCGAGAGCUUCCACAGAGCUGUUUGGGGUCUCCUCAGCCUUCCACACAGGCGGAUGCCCCCCUCGGUGGGCAGCUUGCGGAGAAGUCUUCUGUUUGCGGGGAACAGCUGUUGGAGGGGAGACGCCAUGGGAAGAGCACUUCAGAAAAGACAGCGAGGGAGGCGGGCAAUAAGGACUUGGCAAAUAAGGCGGUGGCCUCCCUCCCCAGGCCUUGCCCUGGCCCUGCCAGACCCAGGAGGGAGGUGCCGGCAGCCGAAGCGUGGCGCCACGCGAGUGGGGUUGCUUCUGUAAGAGCCAUGAGCGUUAAGCUGGAGGUGGCCCGUGACUCCUCAGUACGUGACUGGCUGAGGAAAUCCGCUGCAGUGAGGGGAAGUGGGUCUCUCAAAAUGCCCGAAGUUGACCCCCAGGCAGAAACCGUAAAUGACGCUGAAUUUGAUUUCAUCAGUACUGGUAACUUAGCAAACCAUUAUCCUACGGCAACCGUUCCAGAGCAUCACCUGUCUCCCAGCACACAAACAACUUCACCCUCAGCAGGAAGGAUGUCCAUAACUGACCGCUUUGACUGUGCCACUACUGAGGAAGAUGAAGAAAAGCCUCAGAAUGUGGGGAACACGAAGCAAGAGUCCAGCUCAUCUCUCAGUCCACGGCACAAACCAGCCCACGUGUCCAAGAGUUCCUCUGAGAGUGUAGGUCCGUUUCUGAACCCAGGGGGAAGCGGUUUUGUCUUCGUGCCUGGGAGAAUCAAGGAAGACGUCUUCAACGCUCGACUUCUGAGGGAUGAUGAUUACGCAAAGCUUCUGUCAGGGGUAGAGCAUAGUUGGCUUGUCCAGAGACUGUUGCCUGCAGGAAUUUUUAAGGCCAAACAACUUCAGAAAGCAUAUUCUGCGCUUAUUUUGAAGUACUCCAAGAAAUCGGGCCUCUGGACAGGCCAGGAAACAGCUGUAUUUAUCGGGGACUACCUGAACGUGGCAAAGGAAGGCAAACAGAGAAGUGCAUUUUGGAUACACUUCCUGCAUCAAGAGGAAAGCCUGGGAAGGUACGUUGGGAAAGAAUAUAAGGAAGAAAAAGGGCUGCUUCAUCAUUUCAGUGACGUGGAACGACAAAUGACUGCCCAGUACUACGUGACAGAAUUCAACAAAAGGCUGUAUGAGCAAAAGGUCCCCACGCAAAUCUUUUACAUCCCUUCUGCAGUGCUCCUGAUACUGGAAGACAGAACUAUAAAAGGAUGUGUGAGUGUGGAGCCCUACAUCCUUGGAGAGUUUGUGAAGCUGUCUAAUAACACAAAGGUAGUAAAGAACGAGUACAAAGCCACGCAGUACGGGUUGGCCUAUGGCCAUUUCUGCUAUGAGUUCUCCAAUGGAACAGAUGUUGUUGUUGAUCUGCAAGGGUGGGUGACAGGUAAUGGGAAAGGCCUCAUCUACCUCACAGACCCCCAGAUUCAUUCUCUUAAUCGCAAAGACGCUUCACACUCCAACUUUGGGAAGAGAGGAAUUUAUUACUUCUUCAAUGAUCAGCAUGUGGAGUGCAAUGAAAUCUGUCGUCGCCUUUCUUUAGCAAGGCCUUCAAUAGAGCCGCCAGUGUAGACUCGCGCAAGAUGGUCUAACCGAAAAUGACCCAUAAGACGGACAGUAUUUUAUACUGCACACAUUUAGGAAUGUAUUGACUUUGUGAGAACAGAGCCACUGAGGUGAUACCCAUGUGAGUCCAGGCAGUCGUUACCUGAACAAGUUUGUGAAAGUUCUCGCCUUUGCAUCCCGACUCAUAAUACCAUGUUAUCAUCUUGUGUACCAUCUGAACUGUUUGUUGUUAUAGCCAUCUAUAAGAGUUAACAGCAGAACGUAAGAGGAGUAAGGCCACGGCCUCCAAAAUUUAGAGCUUAGUAAGGUGUGUACUGCAGGACUGUAUGUGCCGCUAAUCCAUCUGCAGAUUCAGUAAGGGCAGUGGGCACCAUCUGCUCUUUAGGAAUGGAAUAUGAAACAAGAUGUGACAGAAGCAGGGAGUUGUAUUUCAACCACUUUGGUUUAACUGUACUUGUAAAAUUCUUAGCAACUUGUGUAAGUGCUUCAGGGAACAAAGGUAGUGUACUGAGUUACUGAAAAAAAAAAUACUUUCUUUCAGA